AUGCUCGUCAUUGAUGAGGAGGAUCGGCAGGGGCGCAUGCUGUAUGACGGGCUCUCAUCGCCUGAGGAGGAGCAUCCGGUCCCGCAGCUCAUGUGCAACGACGAGUGCCGCAAGUCUUCUUACCAACGUCAGGUGCAGCGGUGGCAGCAGGAGGAGACAUCGUACUUGAAGCACGAAGGCUGGUGUGAGCACCGCCUUAUCCUCCUCAUGCAAGAGGCCUUCCGAUCCAGCAGAGAAAACCUGAAGCAUGCGUUCAGCGCUGGCGCCAUAUCGGUAGAGGCCUAUGCCACUCGUCUGACGGGGCUCAAAAACGCGCUGCUGCAAAUCAAGAAGGAGUACCGCCGAACGCUGCAGCGCACGCGAGAUCGAAAGGGAGACUUGCCCAGCAUUGCGAGCAAGGCUGUCACGUGCAUCGCCUCCGUUUACCCAUGGAGCAGCAGCGGUUUUGUAAUGGGAUUUGAGGAGAACGUCAGGUUUGGUCAGCUGGCGGGCGUGAUGGGCAGCGGGACCCGACGUGGCACUCCAGUGGCGCCCCCGACGUCGCAGCAGUCCACCAACGUCGGUCUGGCUCCUUGCCGUGACGUGGCUCCGAUAUCAAAGGUGGUGAACCCUGGCAUGUCUUCCGAGCACCUCAACGCCGCCGCGCCGCCGGGGAACGAUAUGGCGUCGUGUUACCAGGGACGGCGUCUCGUCACGCCCCACGUCACUCUCCGUCCUCUACCUCCUCGGCGUCAACUCUUCCGGAAGGGGAUGGCUCCGGAGGGGUCUCUGCUCCUGUCGGCAGCGCACACCGGUACAUCGGCGGAUGGCGUCGCAUUUACAAUGGGACCUCCACUGGUGGAGAGCUUGAACCGCAGCUUCUUUGGUGUCUCCCCGAACUGCCUGUCGCCACACUCGCCGGUGCUGGUGCCACCAGCGUCCGUCACUGGCCCCUUCCGUGACGAUGAGAGGCGAUUUCUAGAAAAGCGCCAGCUUGUUGUACAGGGGAUGUCGUUCGUCUCGUACUCGCUGGCGUCGAGCACUUUCAUUUCGAGCCGGCGCGCCACCAUUGCGUCGGUGACGAUGAAAAAGAGACUGCAUCUCGCCAAGGGCCAGGCGCCGCCUCCGACGUCGAUUCCCGCUUCCUGCGCCACGGUGAUGGACACGCCGAUUUAUCUACCUCCGCCCGCCUCCUUCGCGACAAGCAACUCUUUCCCAAAGACGAACCGGGCGAAGCACGACGGUGGAGGUGUAGGCACCAGCACAGUGGGUCUGAACCGUCGCAUUAGCGAAGUAAUGCCCUGGUCGUUGCCGUUCCUCGCUCCUGGCAACGACUCCUUCCAUAUAGACCUCUACCCGAAUGCUCCUGUAGCACGUAGCCCGCCCCCGUACGAGCAGGCAGUCGCCGUAUCAAGCGAAUACAGGCCCGGGAACCUUGUGCGCCUCCCUUCGUGUUACCAUCCCCAGGUUCCAGGCGAUCGAAUGUGUUACAACCACAUGAGUCUCCGCUCACUUUUCUCUGAGAUGCCGUCGGUGUCCAUGGAGGAGGAGAAGUACGUCAAGGCGUUAUGGUGA